AUGGAUAUUGUGAAGACAUCCCAUGUAGCCCAAGGGGCAGGAAAGGGUCAACCGGGCCCUAAAUUGGCUAGAGUUUCAUCAUCAGUGGCCUUGUCCACAGCCAGAUCCUUCCUCUAUUGGCUCACGCUGCUGUCAAUACCGCGGUUGCCAAUGGUCACUGCUGACUGUUGGCUUAUUGAAGGAGAAAAGGGCUUUGUAUGGUUAGCUAUCUGCAGCAUGAACCAGCCCCCAUACGAAGCCAUCCCUGCCCAUAUAAACAGCACUAUUGUGGACCUGAGGCUGAAUGAGAACAAGAUAAGGUCGGUCCACUACUCCUCUCUCAGUCGCUUUGGCAACCUCACCUACCUAAACCUCACCAAGAAUGAUAUCAGCUAUGUGGAGGAUGGAGCAUUCUCAGCGCAAUUCAACCUGCAGGUUCUCCAGAUGGGCUUUAACAAGUUGAGGAACCUGACAGAGGGGAUGUUGCGAGGCCUGGGGAAGCUGCAGUAUCUCUACCUGCAAGCCAACCUCAUUGAGUCCGUCACCCCAAACACUUUCUGGGAAUGCCCAAACAUUGAGAAUAUAGACCUAUCCAUGAAUCGGAUCCAGGUGUUGGAUGGUAAUUUGUUCUCCGGACUCAGUAAGUUGACCACUUGUGAACUGUACACCAACCCCUUCAACUGCUCCUGUGAGUUGCUGGGCUUCCUACGCUGGCUUUCCGCAUUCCCCAACAGAACCAAUGAAAGGAUGGUGUGCGACUCGCCGGCGGGUUUCUCUGGCUACAACCUCCUCAGCCAGAACCCACGCAUGCCUGCCCACCGCCAUGCUUUGCACAUGCUCAGUAUUGUCUGCACAGAUGAUGGUAGUAGUGUGACACCGUACUUUGUGAUUGGCUUAUCCGAAUCCACUACCUUGCCACCCGAUUUUGUCUCUCCCUGUGGACUGGAUGAUUGUCCCUCUGGAACGCCCCCAGAAGAACCAAUCAGCAUAAGCCCUAUCUUUUCUGAUUCUAAUCCCGUUAUGAAACUCAAACAGGUGUUGCACUCGAGUGCUGUGAUCACGGUUCAAAUCCCGCAUCCUUACCGGAAAAUGUACAUCCUGGUGCUCUACAACAACAGCUUCUUCACAGACAUCCAGAAUCUGAAAAGUCAGAAAGAGGACAUUGAGUUAAAUAACUUAAAGCCUCAUACAGACUACACCUACUGUGUGGCAUCCAUACGAAACUCCCUGCGCUUCAACCACACCUGUCUGACCAUCUCCACCGGUCGCCGGCUGGGGACGGAGAGGAUAGUCAACGAGUCAUCGGCCACCCACUACAUCAUGACCAUCCUAGGCUGUCUGUUUGGGAUGUUGCUUUUCCUGGGCCUGGUCGUCCACUGUCUGCGGAGAAAGAGGAUGAUGGAGGAAAAAGAGAGAAAGAUGAGCAGAAUACAGAGGACUCUGAUAGAGCUCAAGUAUGGAGGAGGAGGAGAAAUAGAUGGAGGGGGAGGGGGGUCCGUUUCCCAAAAACAGAUGCUCACAGCUGGGGAGAGUCUAUCCAGAAUCCCUUACUUACCCCAGGGAGGAGAGAUAGAUCCAUAUAAGCUCCAGGAGGUGAUAGAAACACCGGCUCACAAGCCUGCUAAACUCAACUACAUGGAAGUCAGGGGGUCAGCGGUGGACAGAGAGAGAGAGAGGGAAAGAGAGAGAGAGCGGGAAAGAGAGAUGUCCCCCCAAGCCAAUCCCCAGGGUUCUGUGGCAGAGAUCUCCACCAUUGCGAAAGAAGUUGAUAAAGUUAACCAGAUCAUCAACAACUGUAUAGACGCUCUCAAGUCUGAGUCUACCUCCUUUCAACAGGGGAUGAAGUCCCCCUCCUCUGCUGGCGGAGGAGCAGUGUCAACUGCUGAGCCACAGCUUGUGCUUCUCUCUGAGCAGGAUGGAGAGAGAGGAGAAAGGACAGGAGAGUUCCUUUCACCGGUAUAUAAGGGAGGAAGAGGAGGAAGAGAGGAGAGAGGGAGAAGCUACCACCACUCCUUGCAACGCCACCACAGCAUGGAGGCUCCAUCGACCUCCAAACGGCCCAGCACCUCCUCCUCCCCAGGCUCUGCUCGCAGUCCCCGCUCCUUCCGCUCCGAGGGAGGCUACCACUCUUCUGAAACUCGUUACAUAGAAAGGACCUCACCAGGAGAGAGAGGAGAACGAGGAGGCGGCGGGGGAGACGCCAUUCGUACGGUCACCCCGGCCGCAGCUAUCUUACGAGCCGAAGCCCAGAGAAUCCGUCAGUAUAAUGAACAUCGUCACUCCUACCCCGGCUCCCAGCAGCACCUCCAAGAGCUGCAGCACCACCCUCAGAUCCUGCAGGAGCUCCACCACCACCCUGGGGGACGUAAGCCCUCCAUCCUGGAUCCGCUGACUCUCAGCAGGCAGGCCAAACAGAGAGAGCUGGCCUAUUCACAACUGUCCCCACACUACCCCAUCUCACCCCAGUAUCAUAACCUCAGCUACUGCUCCAGCCCAGAGGAAGAUGAGGAGGAAGAAGGGCUCCUCUGCACCCCAACCCUGGGGCUUUGGGAGAGGUUUAAAUUGCAUCGCAAGAGGCAUCGGCAGGCUUCUAUGGAAGAUGAAGGAUACGUGGCGGCGGGACAUGCGCUUAGGCGGAAGGUGCAAUUUGCCAAAGAUGAGGAUCUCCAUGACAUACUGGACUACUGGAAGGGUGUGUCCGCACAGCAGAAGGCCUGA